GGCCGGCCCGCGAUCUCCUCGCUCCCCUCCCCGCCCUCUGCCUCCCGGGCUCCGGCUGCAGCGUCAGCCUCCGUCGGGCCUCGGUGGCUGCAGAGGCUCAACGGCCUCAGCCCCGGCGCCCCUUGGCGCCCAUCGGCCCCGGCCCGCAGCACCGCCCACCCUUGCUGCCCCGGCGCUGGCCUAGGCCGCGGCCGCAGCCCCGGGAUCGCGUCGGCGCCGUCCGCUCCCGGCCCGCCCCCUAUGGGCCCCGGCUAGAGACGCCGUUGCCGCCGGCCCGCGGAGCCCCGAUGCUGGCCCGGAGGAAGCCGGUGUUGCCGGCGCUCACCAUCAACCCCGCCAUCGCCGAGGGUCCGUCCCCCACCACUGAGGGCGCCUCCGAAGCAAACUUGGUGGACCUCCAGAAGAAGCUAGAGGAGCUAGAGCUUGACGAGCAACAGAAGAAGCGGCUGGAAGCCUUUCUUACCCAGAAAGCCAAGGUUGGGGAGCUCAAGGACGAUGACUUUGAAAGGAUCUCGGAGCUGGGAGCCGGGAACGGCGGGGUGGUCACCAAGGUCCAGCACAGACCUUCGGGCCUCAUCAUGGCGAGAAAGCUGAUUCACCUGGAGAUCAAGCCAGCCAUCCGGAACCAGAUCAUCCGCGAGCUGCAGGUGCUGCACGAGUGUAACUCGCCGUACAUCGUGGGCUUCUACGGGGCCUUCUACAGCGAUGGGGAGAUCAGCAUCUGUAUGGAGCACAUGGACGGUGGCUCUCUGGACCAGGUGUUGAAAGAAGCCAAGAGAAUUCCAGAAGAGAUCCUGGGGAAGGUCAGCAUCGCGGUUCUCCGGGGCCUGGCAUAUCUCCGGGAGAAGCACCAGAUCAUGCACCGAGAUGUGAAACCGUCCAACAUCCUCGUCAACUCCAGAGGGGAGAUCAAGCUGUGUGACUUUGGAGUGAGCGGGCAGCUCAUUGACUCCAUGGCCAACUCUUUCGUGGGAACUCGAUCCUACAUGUCUCCAGAGCGGUUGCAAGGCACUCACUACUCAGUGCAGUCGGACAUCUGGAGCAUGGGCCUGUCCCUGGUGGAACUGUCCAUCGGAAGGUACCCCAUUCCCCCACCGGAUGCUAAGGAGCUGGAGGCCAUAUUUGGCCGGCCCAUGGUCGAUGGGGCGGAAGGAGAGCCUCACAGCAUCUCACCGCGGCCUAGACCCCCUGGACGCCCCAUAAGCGGUCACGGGAUGGACAGCCGGCCAGCUAUGGCUAUCUUCGAGCUGCUGGACUACAUUGUGAAUGAGCCUCCUCCCAAGCUGCCUAGUGGUGUUUUCACCCAGGACUUCCAGGAGUUUGUGAAUAAAUGCCUAAUCAAGAACCCAGCCGAGCGAGCGGAUCUGAAGAUGCUCAUGAACCACGCCUUCAUCAAACGGUCCGAGGUGGAAGAAGUGGAUUUUGCCGGUUGGUUGUGUAAAACGCUGCGUCUGAACCAGCCCAGCACGCCCACACGCACCGCCGUGUGACGGGUCAGCUGGCGACUUGUCUGCGUCCUGUCCACCCGCCCUUCCCACCCAGGACAGACCAGCUCCUCCCCCCUCUCCCGCCGCGCCGCUGCCGUGGAGAAGACAUGCACACGGCGGAACAUUCACUUCCUCUCCCACCUGUUGCAGCCGGCGGGUCCUCUAGUCUCUGGGGAAGGGUGACGCUGCUCAUGUUGUCGUCUGAGAAUCUGCUUACUUAGGUUUUAAAAAAACCAAAACAAAACAGGGAAAGAAAAAGCAAACCGAGCCCAUUGUACUUCUUGUUCCAUUUGUUCUUUGGGUGUCAGCCUCCGGUCCAACCUCAGGAGGUCAGUGUCCCUUGAGGGCAGCCCCGGCCCCUAGCGGACUGGGCCACAGAGCAAUUGGGGUGGGAGUGGCAUCAGGAACGUGCUGUGCUCUUUUUUCAAGGGAUGAAGCCUCGGAGGGAACCCAUAGAUCGCAGACGUUGGCAUCUUUCUCCAAAAGAUGUGUUUCAGUGUGUCAUACCCUUGCCUGACACCUGCCCCCUUGGAGGUACUCCUCAGGCUGUCCCAAAAAGCAGUCAACCUGUUGCUUGUCAUGGGGUCCACUUCUUCCUGGCCACUGCUGCCACCUGUCAUGCAGCCUGGGACAGUCGACCCUGCCUGUCCUCAGCAGAGCAUGACCUGUCCCUUGGAGGGACCUUCUAAUUCUCGCCUGUGCCUCAGGAGCAGACACUUCUGACUCUUCAUGGCAGCUGUGCUGACACUCGACUCAGCAGAAAGGAAGUGUUGGGUUUCCAAACCAUCAGUGUGGUUGAAACCCCCAGCAGAUCCCUUCGAUAAGGCCUGUACUCCCCUGGCGCCUGCAGAUGUGGGCGGGUGGCACCCUCUGUCACCUCUGCUAGCCCAGCGAAUCAGAUGUGACUGCCCCGGCACGUCACUCUUUUGGGCCCUGAAACCGUUCAGCCACAGCUGGUUGGAAAUGAAACAUCGGCGGGCAGCUUGUCCUAGUUCCUGUGUCCGUCGGGGUGUCCAGCCAGGCCCUCUGAGACCCAAGGCCAGCCUGUCUGCCUUCAAGGUUCAGAGAAGGCUGCCUCUGUGCCGUCAGACAGUAGGAAGUGGGGGAGGCCAGGACUGCUUCUAAGGUUCCCCUCCUCUGAGCUUUGAAGAUGAAGCUAUCAGCUGCCCCCCUCAAUACUUCCUGAUGGUUUGAACAAGCUGAUACUUAUCUAUGGCAAAUUGCAGAGGAAUGGUUCUCUAGAAGGGAUGCAGCCUGGUGCAAGCCAAGCUGGCCGUGGGUUGCCAGAGAAGGUACAGCAGAAGGUAGCGGCUUGUGGCCCUGUGGGAACUGCUGAAUUCUUUUCUUAGGGAGACCCUUCUAGUCUCCCGUGGUUUUUUUGUUCUGUUUUGUUUUUUGUCCUGUGGACACCAAAGAGAAGACAAGUUGGUGGCUCCUUCAACCGGCUUGCCAUUCUUCAGCCACUCCAUAGUUUCCCCUGGUUUAGAAAAGAAUAAAAGAGAUAACCAGAAAUGA